AUGUCGUUCCCCGUUGUCGAUGGCGUUGAAGUGUCGGUUGAGCCGCCUGCGGGCUACCAGGUCGACUUCGAAAACCCGCAGACGGCUGAAUCGACGAUACGAAAUGCGUACUGGAUUUUCGGCCUCGAAUUCGCAAUUGCCACGAUAUUCUUGGGACAGCGCAUGUACACCAAUGCCGUGUUGAUACGCAAGUUUCUGAUAGAUGACUAUCUAAUUCUGUUCGCCUGGGUUCUUUCGAUAGCUGCCCAGUCAUGCUUGCUCCACGCCUACACCCACAACCUCCUCGGAGUCCAUGCGUGGGAGAUGCCUGUCGAUAGCAACACACAGUCUUCCCUCCUCGUCAUGUCGACAACACUCACAUACAUCCCGACCACGAUUCUAUCGAAACUGACGCUCUGCUUCUUCUACUUCCGCCUUUCGCCGUCCACGUGGUACCAAUACACUGUCUACUUCACUGGCUUCAUCUGCUCUGGCAGCUUGAUUGGCAUCUGGUUCAGCGUGCUCUUCGCUUGCAAGCCCAUUGCUGCCACGUGGGAUGUUCGGCUCGCCACCAACGCCACCUGCAUCAACCGACCUCCCAUUUACAUCACCCAGGCGGCGUUCGGCUGCGUUACCGAUUUAAUGCUCUUGAUGCUUCCUGUUCCGACCAUCUUGGGACUUCAGAUGUCUACGCGACAAAAGAUUGCCUUGCUUGGCGUGUUCGCCAUUGGUUCCAUUACCCUCGUCACGUCCAUCGUUCGGUUGGUUCUUCUGCUACCCAGCCUUUCGAACCCGGACCAAAGCUGGUCGUUGGCUGAGGGUUGUCUUUGGGUUAUUAUCGAGGCCAAUCUUCUCAUAAUGUGCGGCUCAUUGCCCACGUUACGAGUCUUCCUUAGGCAUGUAGCGCCCAAGAUACUCGGCGAAAGCAACGCCAGCCUAUCAAGCGCGCAGAAAAGCGGCAGCAGAAACUAUGGGCUGCGUACAUUCGGCGGUUCCAACUAUUCCCGCAAGAACUUUGGCACGCUGGUCGAGCUUGAACACGGCACCCACUUCAACCGUCAAAGCUUACGGCCAGACGGUCUGGUCAAAACCGACGUCAAUAUCCACGGCGGGCGAUCAGAAGAGUCAGUGGAAGGGCAUGUUACUGGGGAGACGGACAGUGAGGAUGGGAUUUUGCAGACUCGCACGACUACAAUUCAGUACACACAGAAAUGA